GGCGCCAACAGCCGGCCGCCAAACCGACCCGAGAUCAGUGCUGGAGGACACGGCUCCGCCCCCGGACUUUGUUGCAGGAAGUGAACAUGGCGUCUGCUGCGAUGCUGUCAGAGUCGGUGCUCGGCUGGGGCAUUUUCGCGCUUGUUCUUGUGGUGAUCUUGGCCUUCUGCUGGGUCUACAUCCGGAGGUACCAGAGUCACCAGGAGAGCGAGGUGCUCUCCACCAUCACGGCCAUAUGUGCUCUGGCCAUCGCACUCAUCACGUCAGCCCUGCUGCCCGUGGACAUCUUCCUGGUGUCCUACAUGAAGUAUCCCAAUGGGACGUAUAAGGAGUGGGCCGCCAGCAAUGAGACCAGAGCACAGAUGGAGGACACGGUCCUGUACGGAUACUACACCCUGUACUCCAUCACCCUGUUCUGCGUCUUCCUCUGGAUUCCCUUUGUGUAUUUCUACUAUGAGGAGAAGGACGACGACACCGCUGAUGCCUGCCUGCCAGUGAAGAAUGCGCUGAAGUACACAAUUGGAUUUAUUAUUGUGUGCACGGCACUGCUGCUAAUUGGGGCGUUUGUUCCUCUGGACCCCCCCAGUCAGAAUGCCACCCAGUGGGAGAAGGUGCAGUUCCUGUUCCAGGAGCUGGGAAGCAGCCAUGGCCUGGCCGCCAUCUCGUUCUCCAUCAGCACCCUGACCCUCAUCGGAAUGCUGGCUGUUGUCACCUACACGGCGUACGGCAUGUCCGUGCUCCCGCUCAACCUCAUCAAAGGCACGCGCAGCAUCGCCUACGAGCGCCUGGAGACCACGGAGGACAUCGACGACAUCGAGCAGCAGAUCGAGAAGCUAAAGUCCAAGUGUGAGGACGGACGACCCCUCUCAUCCAGGGACAGACGCAAACUGCUGGACCUGGAGUCCAAGUUGAAGCUGCUCCAGCGCAGAGAGCGCCACCUGGAGAUGGCAGAGAAGAACUGCUGCACGCGGGUGGGCAGUGCCCUGCGCCCCCUGAAGAUCUUGUUGGGGAUCUUCUUCAUCCUGGUGGCUCUCCUGCUGGUCGUGGCCCUCUUCAUUUCCAAUCUCGACAAAGCUCUUCACUCCGCCGGUAUAAACUCUGGCUUCAUCAUCUUCGGGACGAACCUGACCAAUCCAGUCAACGAACUGCUGCUGGUCCUUCAGCCUGUGUUCCCGUUGGAUUACGUCCUGAUCACGGUCAUCACCAUGUACUUCGUCUUCACCUCCAUGGCCGGCAUACGCAACAUGGGCAUCUGGUUCGCCUGGAUCCGGCUUUAUAAGAUCCGGCCCAAGAGGACUCGUCCACAGGCUCUGCUCUUCCUCUGCAUGAUCCUGCUACUCAUCGUCCUCCACACCAGCUACAUGAUCUACAGCCUGGCCCCGCAGUACGUCAUGUACGGCAGCCAGAAGUACCUCGCCCAGGAGAAAAUGCCCUCGGUUGAUGGCCUGGAGAGGAACAUCAGCAGGGUGACCAGCAGGAUCUGUGACGCCGCUGCACCUGAAGAUCAGUGCACUGUGACAAGGUCGUAUCUCUUCCUGCACAAAUUCUGGUUUUUCAGCACCAUCUACUACUUUGGGAACUGGGCUUUCAUUGGGGUCUUCUUCAUUGGCUUGAUUGUGUCGUGCUGUAAAGGCAGGAAGUCCGUGAUCGAGGGGGAGGUGGACCCUGACGAUUCGGAUGUGAGCGACGAUGAAUAUGUGCACUGAUGGCUACGGGUCUGCUGCCUUCAGUGGUCAGUGACAACCAAAGGAUUGGUUUUUUGGAGCAGCAGCGAAGGGAGAAGGUUUCCCUGGAAUACAUUACUUUUGGAUUGUUUUCUUUUGAGUAGCUUUUGCUGUGUGUGGUUCUGUAGGUCCACAUUAGGUCCCAUGUUAACGGAGUGAAAAGCUCUCACAGGUCUGCUGAUCCUCUCCUCCAAACAUAAGCAGCAUGAUCAUCAUCCCACACCAUAUAAACUGAAUAAAGACAUGAGAUAUACGCCCUUAACCAUGGUCAUCACAGAAUCCCAGACCUUAUACGCCCUUAACCAUGGUCAUCACAGAAUCCCAGACCUUAUACGCCCUUAACCAUGGUCAUCACAGAAUCUCAGACCUUAUACGCCCUUAACCAUGGUCAUCACAGAAUCCCAGACCUUAAACAGCCUCACACAAACCCAAGUCUUGAGAUAUGACUGCAACUGAUGUCUCUGUUUUACUGCUUUUCCCCAUAAAUUAAUUUAUUUUAAUAUUUUCAUUUUCUCUUGGUGACGUGAUCACAGUGUUAAGCACAGUACUGUGUUUCUGUUUCUGAUUAAUGAAAGAUACUGAAGUUUGUUGACAUUUAAUAAUGUUAUGUGUGUGUGAGUGCGUGCGUGUGUCUGUGCAUGUGUGUGUUUUCAUAUGCAGAUUGUCACAGCUAAUAAUCUUCAGCUGCAUUUAAUUUUUUUUCCCCACAGGAGGUACUUUGGGUUUAAAACCUAGUUUAAAGUCUUACUUUCCUAUUUUCUUAACUGUCAACUGUUAUUUACCAAGAAUGAAAUUUAACAAAUGUUUGUUGAGUUAAGCUUCAAUAAAAACUGACACGCCUCCUCGUGA